AUGCCAAAGUUGAGGAAGUCCCGUCCGACUCUGGCGUGCCCUACUCCCAAGACGAACGUCCCGUAUUCGCACCUCACCUGGACAAACGACCAACCCCUAGACUCCGAAGUCAACGAGAUCCGUUUGGUCAUCCAAGACGCCGAGAUACGCCUCGCAGAACAUGGGAAAGGCCCCCAGCUUGACGUCGUUCAAUCUCGGGAAGAAGCAAAGGUACUGCGCGCACUCAUCAGGACUUGCACCAAGAUUAUACAUCCGAUACGCCGUCUACCAUUCGAGAUAAUCGGCGAGAUCUUCCUUCACACGCUCUCGGGCCCGGAUGGCUGCAACAACUACCCCGCAGUCCACGACCACCACCACGGUCCUUGGGCAUAUAGUCAAGUAUGUCAACGAUGGAGAGCCGUCGCCCUCUCCUUGCCCCGUCUCUGGUCCGAACUGAGCGUGCCCUCGAAC